UCAACUGGCUGCAAGCCCGGGCCGCUCCCAAGGCCACAGAGCCACAGGGCACACGCCUGGAGCAGAUCAUAUCUCAGCCGUCCUAGAAGUUCAGCAGAUGCCUGUGGCUGCUUUCACCAUAGACAGUAUGAGCACAGCCAUCUUGCUCCUGCUCCUGGCUCUCACCUGUGUGUUCCUGAUGCUCAAUUCAAGGGGCAAGAGCCGGCUGCCCCCAGGCCCUAGGCCUCUCCCACUCCUGGGAAACCUGCUGCAGCUUCGCUCCCAAGACAUGCUGACUUCUCUUACCAAGCUGAGCAAGGUCUAUGGCUCGGUGUACACAGUGUACCUGGGGCCCAGACGCGUAGUGGUCCUCAGCGGGUACCAAACCGUGAAGGAGGCCCUUGUGGACCAAGGGGACGAUUUUAGUGGCCGCGGCGACUACCCCACCUUUCUCAACUUCACUAAGGGCAAUGGCCUCGCCUUCUCCAAUGGGGACCGGUGGAAGGCCCUGAGGAGGUUCUCCAUCCAGAUUCUGCGGAACUUCGGGAUGGGUAAGAAGAGCAUCGAGGAGCGGAUCCUGGAGGAAGGCCGCUUCCUGCUGGCGGAGCUACGGAAAACUGAAGGCAAGCCCUUCGACCCCACGUUCGUGCUCAGCCGCUCGGUGUCGAACAUCAUCUGCUCUGUGAUCUUCGGCAGCCGCUUUGACUACGACGAUGAACGUCUGCUCACCAUUAUCCGCCUCAUCAAUGACAACUUCCAAAUCAUGAGCACCCCCUGGGGAGAGUUGUACAACGUCUUUCCAAGCGUCCUGGACUGGUUACCUGGGCCGCACCGACGCCUUUUCCGGAACUUCGGGCGCAUGAAGGACCUCAUCGCCCGCAGCGUCCGCGACCACCAGGACUCCCUCGACCCCAGCUCUCCCCGCGACUUCAUCGAUUGCUUCCUCAGCAAGAUGGCACAAGAGAAGCAAGACCCGCACAGCCACUUCCACAUGGAUACCCUGUUGAUGACCACACAUAACCUGCUCUUUGGGGGCACCGAGACCGUGGGCACCACGCUGCGCCACGCCUUCCUUGUGCUCAUGAAGUACCCAAAAGUGCAAGCCCGCGUACAGGAGGAGAUCGACAGCGUUGUGGGACGGGCGCGGCUGCCGGCGCUGGAGGACCGAGCGGCCAUGCCUUACACAGAUGCGGUGAUCCACGAGGUGCAGCGCUUCGCAGACGUCAUCCCCAUGAACUUGCCGCACCGCGUCACCCGGGACACAGCCUUUCGCGGCUUCCAGAUACCCAAGGGCACGGAUGUCAUCACCCUCCUUAAUACAGUCCACUAUGAUCCCAGCCAGUUCCUGACGCCCCAGGAAUUCAACCCUGAGCAUUUUCUGGAUGCCAAUCAGUCCUUCAAGAAGAGCCCUGCCUUCAUGCCCUUCUCAGCCGGUCGCCGAGUGUGCCUGGGCGAGUCGCUGGCGCGCAUGGAGCUCUUCCUCUACCUCACCGCCAUCCUGCAGAACUUCUCGCUGCAGCCGCUGGGGGCGCCCGAGGACAUCGACCUGACGCCGCUCAGCUCCGGGCUCGGCAACUUACCGCGGCCUUUCCAGGUGUGCCUGCGCGCGCGCUGACGCCGCGGCCCUUCCAGAUCCGCCAGGGAGCCGGGAGGCCCGCCGUGGGGCUGGCGCCGUCCUCUUCUCGUUCCAACUGUGCCCGUGAUCCCUCUCGCUGUCACACUCGCUUCCCCGCACCUGAGCCUGCCGCCUACCGGUCCGUCCGCCCCCCAUCUCGACCUGGUCGGCGCCCCCCAGAAGCAGAGAAGCGCAAAGGGAAGGGGAAGUGCUUGCCUCGUUCCUAUUGCGCGCCCUCUUGGGGGCCGUUUGAAUCAUUUUCUAGUAAAUUGUAAAAGAUUCCAACUGCCUGGGCUGAAUUAUAGAGAGGACGGUCCCCCAGGAUGGGGGGAAGGAAUGUCUGGCUGCAGAGAAAGGAGACACCAAAGUGACCGGUUCUACCGUCACCCUUAGAGUGGCUAAAAACUGGGAGAAAUUGUUUCCCAGGGUAAUAAGGGCUGUGAGGCCUGACGACAGAGAGGCAGAGAAACCCAGGCAGAGAAAAAGACAGCAGUCUAGAGACAUAAGGAUGCGGUCGGCCCAGAGAUGCGGUACAAAGGUGGAGAUACAAGCAGGAAGAACAUGAGAGACUGAGCGAUAGACACACAGAGACUGAGAAAUAACAAUUACUCAAACUUACACAGUGCUUCCUAUUCACUCUAAGGCCCCGUUUAAAUCUCCCUGUGAGGCAGAGCAGCAUGUUACACUUUUAGAGACUCAGAGAGAUGAAAUGCCUUGGCCAAGAUCACACGGCCGGAGGGCGACAGAGCUGGGAUCAGGAUGCAGACUCCAACGCUGGUCCCCUCCACCUCACAAGUCAGAGACACAGAGCAAUGCAGAGGGGUACAGGGACGGAGAAAUGGGGAGACAGAGAGGAGAGAGAGAGACAAAGAAAGAAACAGAAAUGGCCAGAGAAAGCCAGAGAAGGGCAAUGAAGGGGGGAAGGGAGGCACCAGGAAGCCUGAAAGACUAUUCCCUUGUCUUGCAAUGUCUCCCUUUGGGGUAGGGAUAGCAGUCCCAGGCAUGGGGCCUCCCAACCUGAGACUGGGCUUGUUAGCCUGACAUCCUGCUGACAGAAGCUUUUCUCAAUGAGUAGGCAGGCAUCUUAAGCUCCAAGGAGCCAGAGUCAGAGGGGCGGUGGCCCCCCAGCCAUGGGCGGAGGUGGCUUAGGUGACCGUACCCUAAAUGGGGCCUCCCCAAGGCCAUCCAGAAGCUAGGACACAACACACUCUGCUGAGACUUAUAGGCGGUCCCCACACGCAUAGGCGUCGGCUCCUUAAUCCCCAUGCUGUUCCCACCACAGGCCAACAAGAGUCUGCCCCAAGGGCCCAGGCAGGGACGCAGAGGUGGAGAGAGAGAGGGAGAGACUCAGAGGUCCCAAGAAAGAAAGAUGGGGAGACAACAGCAAAGAGAAACACAUGGAAAUACUGAAAAAGAGUUGGAGAGAGACAGGAGAGACCAAGAGAUGCAGAGACAGAUGGGAGAGAUCAUGAAAACCAAAGACCAGGAGUGAGACAGAGACAGUGGACAGAUGCUCAGAGAGAAGGAAGACAGGAGAUGCUAAAAGAGAUAGAGGGGUGCCUGGGUGGCUGAGUCAGUGAAGCACCCGACUUCGGCUCAGGGCAUGAUCUUGAGGUUCAUGAGAUCGCACCCUGAGUCAGGUUCUA